AUGUCUCAGAAUCUUAUGGAUACUCAACCCGGAGGUGACACCGAGGGCUCUACACAGCCAUCAACACCGUCACAGUGCCGCACAAGAAGUCCGGCGGACAGUUCGGCAACCUCCGUUGAUUUCGUGCCCGAGGUUGAAGCCGCCAAGAAAGCAGAGGAUGGUGAAAAGACGGCAGAGAAGAUUCGCUACGGUCAAUCGUUGAGCGAGAACGGCAUGGGAGGUCAAACCACAGGCCUCGGACAGGCAAACAGCAGCAGCGCUGGUUCAGAAGCACAGAACACGGAUGCGGAUGCUGUGAGCGAGAGAGAAAUGUCUGGCUACGGUGGUGACAAAGACAUGGACAGAAACAUUGGUGCAUAA